CAUAAAUAGAGCAAGGCAAUGACUUUGUAGAGUAGCAUUUCCAGCACUGAGCCAUUAGCUCCUACAGUGAGACAAGCUCAGCUGAUCCCAGCGCCUGUGCCAAAAACUUCCCAGCCACAGCAGCAGAGAUGUGUGAGGAGGAGUACUGCAAGGAAAAGAUCAUUGAGAUGAGAAAAAAGCACAUUGGGCCUUCGUGCAAAGUGUUUUUUGCAAAUGACCCUAUCAAGAUUGUGCGUGCAAAAGGACAGUACAUGUUUGAUGAAAAAGGAGAGAAAUACUUGGACUGCAUAAAUAAUGUUGCUCAUGUUGGUCAUAGUCACCCAGAAGUAACCAAGGCUGCUUUGAAACAGAUGGAAUUGUUAAACACCAAUUCUAGGUUUCUACAUGACAACCUUGUCCGGUAUGCUGAGUGUCUUACAGCCACCCUUCCUGAGAAGCUUUCAGUCUGCUAUUUUGUCAACUCAGGCUCAGAAGCCAAUGACCUUGCACUGCGUUUGGCACGACAGUACAGUGGCCAUCAGGAUGUCAUAACUCUUGAUAAUGCUUACCAUGGCCAUGUAACCUCCCUAAUUGAUAUUAGUCCCUAUAAAUUCCAACAGCUGGGAAAGGAUGCACAGAAGGAGUUUGUACAUGUGGCUCCUUCUCCUGAUACUUACAGAGGAAAGUACAGGGAAGAUCAUACAGACCCUGCAUUAGCUUAUGCUAAAGACGUAGAGGACAUCAUUAAGGAGGUUCAUAAGAACAAGCGUCAGAUUGCUGCUUUUAUUGCUGAGUCCAUGCAGAGUUGUGGAGGUCAAAUAAUCCCACCAGCAGGCUACUUCCAGAAAGUGUCAGAGUUUGUCCAUAAAGCAGGGGGAGUCUUCAUAGCAGAUGAAGUUCAGGUCGGCUUUGGAAGAGUCGGUAAACAUUUUUGGAGUUUCCAACUACAAGGAGAUGAUUUUGUACCAGAUAUUGUCACCAUGGGGAAGCCAAUAGGCAAUGGGCACCCAAUGUCUUGUGUUGUAACAACGAAAGAAAUUGCAGAAGCCUUUGGGGCAACUGGAAUGGAAUACUUUAAUACGUUUGGAGGAAAUCCUGUAUCCUGCGCAAUUGGACUAGCUGUGCUGGAUAUUAUUAAAAAAGAAGAUCUCAGAGGGAAUGCGACCAGAGUAGGGAAUUAUUUGACUGAGCUACUGAAUGAGCAGAAACAAAAGCACCCAUUGAUAGGAGACAUCAGAGGAGUUGGCUUGUUUGUUGGAGUAGAUUUGGUUAAGGACAGACUGCUUAGAACUCCUGCAACUGCUGAGGCCCAGCAUAUAAUAUAUAAAUUAAAAGAAAAGAGAAUCCUACUGAGUGCUGAUGGCCCUUACAGAAAUGUUCUGAAAUUCAAGCCUCCAAUGUGCUUUACCAAGGAGGAUGCUAAACUGGUUGUAGAUGAGAUUGAUAAAUGCCUUACAGUUCUUGAAAAGGCAAUAGAAGGCCAAUCAAAUUCUGGUAUACAUGAAAAAACCCCAGCCAAGAGAAAGGUGCAUAAUGAAAAUUCAGGAGACACUAACACAAAAGAAGAGGAAACAUGUACCAGCAGCUUACGAGAAAGCAACCUAAAUGACAAUGCCUACAGACAAAGCAACGGACUGCAUCCUGGGAGCCCCAAAGUCACACGUAAAAGAAUAAGAACAUAGAGGAGGUUUCUGAGUUCAGAAUCUUCAAACUGUUGCUGCCUUCCUAUUCUAACAACUCUAAAUUUUGCCUGCUGGGGGGGGGGCUACUGAGCAACAGUAACAAACAAAGAUGCUUGGUCUAGUCUGGCGAAGGGUUGUUAAAUUUGAUUUGCCAAUGAAUUUUAGGGGUUUAUGUGGUGCAUCCUUUUUUAUUUUUUUUUAUUCUGUAUUUGCAGUUUCAGUAUAUCAUAUUGGAAUGGAAUCUUUUCCCAUGUUUUAAUGGCUUAGAUUUAAGAUGCAGUUUAAAAGACCUCAGCAUGCUGAAUGUACUGAGCAUGCUAUGUACAAGAAAAUUUUAAGCCGUUUCCAACUGUUUAGAUACACCAAGAUUUUAGCUCUUGCUCAAAUAAGUAACCCUUUUCCACUCGCUACAUUAUUUUACUUUUUAUUAGGGGUCCCUACAGAUCUGAUGUAGCAGCCUGAAAUCCCUGUGUACAUGAUUCCUAUAUCCCUUUUACUUGAAUAUGAGCCCCAUGGAAUAGCAUAAGGGGGCAUUUUCUCACUGCCUAUGGUAUUUUCUUUUUUGUCAACAUACAAGGUGCUAUAAUGUUUUAUAUUUUAAAAUGAGAAGCUACAUGGGGGAUCAGCAGUUUUCUUAAAUAGCAAAAAAUGGACUUUAAUGUGCAUAAAACUAGGUAAACAUGCGUAUGCUUCUUUUCUUAAAGUGUCAGAACAUUUCAGAUGUAUAACAGCACUUGACAAGAAUGACUAUGAAAGAGUGCCAGAAGAGCAGAUAUCCAUAAUCACAUUAUACCAGAUCCUACUGCUUGGCUAAAUCCAUGCCAUGCAUAUCUACAGUAUAUCAUUUGUUCUCUAUAAACUAGAUUCAAAACAUAAUAAGAAAUAAAAGCUUAUUCAUUAAA